AUGGAGGAAACAUUUAAAUUUCGGCCUCGUUUCAUACUAUGUUCUAAUGGUUAUGGCCUUGUGAGUAUUCUUCCAGCGUCACCGGCAACUGCAGGCAAGUUUCCUAAAGGUUUUAGGAUCAACGUGGCGACGGUUACCUGGGGUCCGCUGAACAUGGAGUUAGGCUUCAGCUUUGCUCUGCUGAACAAUAGCUAUGCCGCUGGCUGUGGCGCCUUGGCUAUCGGCGGUAUCAUUCUCAUUCCUUUUGCCCUGAAAUUUGGCCGCCGCCCCAUCUACGUUAUCAGCACUGCUAUACAAUUUGGAAUCAGUAUCUGGUCGGCGAAGAUGCAAAAUGUCGCGGAUCUGAUGCUGGUCAACAUACUCGGUUGUAUAGUAGGUGCAUUGUCCGAAGUCUUAGUUCAGAUGACUGUGGCGGACAUUUACUUUGUUCACGAGCGAGGGUUGAUGAACACCAUCUACUACUGGUUCAUGACAGUAGGUACCUCACUGGCCCCUUUGGCUGGUGGUUUUAUCACCCUGUCUCAGGGGUGGAGAUGGGUCUGGUGGUGGAUGGCGAUUCUAUUUGGCGCAGGACUGAUUGUCUUUAUCUUCUUCUAUGAAGAGACGAUGUUUUGUGUCCCACAAAUUGAUGGAGUCCCAGUCGCAGACAAGUCCGCCAAUCCCCCAGCUCUCACGAAGCGAGACCCCGAUGCACCCGAAUCCGCGCAUAAAGAGGACGUCGCAAAGCGUGAUAUGCUACAUUACGAGGCUGUCCAGGUUGAUUACUCUAUUCCAAAGACGAGCUACUGGCAAAGAUUAUCUUUAUGGACCAACUCGCCAAUGGGAUUCGAUCAGCUUUUAAAGCACAGCUACCGGCCGUUCCUGAUCAUGUUCAGCAUUCCCGCUGUUUUCUACAUGGCUCUGGAGUACGGAAUCAUAACCGCCUGUGCAACAGUUCCAGUUACCACACUUUCCUCCGUUAUGACAUUGCCUCCCUACAACUUCGGCUCUUCCCAAAUUGGUCUAAUGGGACUCCCGCCAUUCAUAGGCACAUGCUUAGCCACUCUAUUCUGCGGUCCCCUAAGUGACUCAAUUGCUUUGAGGCUUACAAAGAGAAACGGAGGAAUUUAUGAGCCCGAGAUGCGUUUGUGGUUGUGCUUGGUUUUAUCGCCACUAAUUCCUGCGGGAUUGUUUAUGUUCGGCAUUGGCCUUAAUAACGGUACGCACUGGCUUUUGCCUGCAUUUGGCUUAGGAGUAAGCGCAUUUGGAGCAGUUCCGGCCGCUAGUGCAGCUUUGACAUACCUCACCGAUGCUUAUACGAACAUCAUUUCUGACUCUAUCGUUGGGGUUACCUUUAUUCGAAAUGUUAUUAGCACGAUGUUUGUGUUUGCGCUUCAGCCGUGGGUUGACAAGGUAGGCCUACAGUGGUUUUAUGUCACGUUCGGAUUAAUCACGAUGGCUAUAAUGAUGGGAAAUCUUGUCUUUAUUUAUUUUGGGAAGGCCUUUCGAGUGCGGACCGCCAGUGGUCGAGAUACACGCGACUAA